AUGGACUACGCCGCCUCCGCCUCCGCCGCGUCCGCCGCUCUCGGCGUCCCCAGAGCGGCCUCCACGGUCGCCUUCCCGUCGCAGUUUCCGAACCGCUUCCUACACGAGGGCGUCUCUUUCAACUCCUCUUCUUCCUCUCUGCCUCCGCCAGCGGGCUGCGCGCCCAGCCACCCCCUGGAGCGCCAGCAGAAGCUGCAUCUGCGUGAGCGCGAGCGCAGCGAGUUUCAGCGCGCUGCGCGGUUAUACGGCCUCCACGCGCCUCUGCGCCUCAAGAUGGAGCGCGAGAUGUGCGCCAUGACGCAGCGACUCCCAGGCUUGCCUUCUUCUCUCUGGGGCCUGCAGACCCUCAUGGGCCUCGACGAGGAGAUCUCGGCGGAAGACUACCUCAACCGCGAGAAGCCCGACGAGGACGAGCUCGCCGGAUUCGGCCCCGGCCUCGGCAUCCACGAAAAGAUCGAACGCAGAAUGGGCAUAUAA